CAGUACAGAGCUCGAAGCGGAAACCCCUCCCGAAUCCCAACUCGGGCAGCGGAGCAAAAGAAAAGAAGAAUUCCAAGGAAUCAGGAAACACUGAGAAAUAGUAGAAGAGAAAAGAAACUAUCAGUAUAAAGAAAGAUGCAGACCUGAGGGUGAUUUCCCCGUACUCUCGGCCCAGCGAAGUGUGAGACUAAACAGCGUGCCUUGAGGAAGACUGAAGGGAAGAGGGACGAUGGGGUUCGGACGGGACCUGCGGAACUCCCACGACGGGCUGUUGAAGCUGCAGGACUGGGAGCUGAAGCUGCUGGAGACGGUGAAGCGCUUCAUGACGCUACGGGUGAAGAGUGACAAGGAGUACGCAUCACUUCUCCUCAAUAUCAGCCAGCAGGUGGAAAAGCACGACAACUCCUCCCAGAUGGACUACAUCAGCAACGUCUCCAAGUCUUGGGCCCACAUGGUCCAGCAGACGGAACAGCUGAGUAAGAUCAUGAAGUGUCACGCGGAGGAGCUGAACUCGGGCCCUCUGCACAGACUCACCAUGAUGAUCAAAGACAAGCAGCAGGUCAAGAAGAGCUACCAGAGCAUCCACACACAGAUCGAGUUCGAGAUGAACAAGGUGACAAAAGGUGAUCUAGAAAAGUUAAAGGGCACCUAUAGACAAUUGACAAAGGAAGCCCACAGUGCCAAAGAAAAAUACAGAGAAGCAAUGGUGAAAGGCAAGGAGCCAGAGAAGGCGAGGGAGCGCUACGACAAGACCACUAUGAAGUUGCACAACCUCCACAACCAGUACGUGCUGGCGGUGCGGAGCGCCCAGCUCCACCAGGAGCACUACCACGACACCACGCUGCCCCUCCUCCUCGACUCCCUGCAGAAGAUGCAGGAGGAGAUGAUCAGUGCACUGAAGGGGAUUUUGGAGGAAUACAGUGAAAUGACCAGUCUCUUAACUGAUGAAAUAGUAAAGGUCCACAAAGAAAUACACACGUCCAUCGACCAAAUUGACCCUGUGUCCGAGUAUGAACACUUCAUUGAGGUCUACAGGUCUCCAGAAACCAAAGAACCGAAUGUAGAAUUUGACAUUUCACUGCUGGAGGAAACAGAGAAUCUACAAGCAAACGAGAUCCUAUGGAACAAUUUGACUGCAGACAGUUUACAAGCGAUGCUAAAAUCCACAUCAGAUGAGCUGGUAAUCACUCAGCAGAGCCUACGCAGCAAGGAGGAUCUUAUGCAGGACCUGGAGAACAAGAUCGAUGAGUCCACCAGAACAUGUGAAAGGAAGUCUGAUGCGGUUCUGCUGCUCAGUCAGAAGCAGUCUCUAGAGGAUCUGAGGCAGACUGUCCAGUUGCUGCGCUGCACCGUGGCCAAGCUGGGUGCCCAGAAGGACCUGCUCGACCACAAGAUGCAGGAGAACGAGGGCAAGGAGCUGCCCCCCAUGGUCAACUACGAGGACGAUGCGCGCUCAGUCAACUCCAUGGACAAAGGCAAAGACAAGAUAUCAAAGUUUGACACCUUGCGUCAUUCCAUCGCCGGUAUCAUCCGCUCUCCGAAAUCUGUCCUUGGCUCAUCAUCUCAGUUUUUUGACGUGAUACCGACCAGUGAGAAGCCCCUGGGGGACCAGGAGUGGUACCACGGGGCCAUCCCCAGGACCGAGGCCCAGGAGCUGCUCAAACAGCAAGGCGACUUCCUGGUCCGGGAGAGCCAUGGCAAGCCUGGCGAGUACGUCCUGUCUGUCUUCUCCGACGGACAACGGAGACACUUCAUCAUCCAGUUUGCAGACAACCAGUAUCGUUUUGAAGGCACUGGCUUCCCGACCAUUCCUCAGUUAAUUGAACACCAUUACACCACAAAGCAAGUCAUUACCAAGAAGUCAGGGGUGGUGCUUUUAAACCCAGUCGUCAAGGAUAAAAAAUGGAUACUCAACCAUGAGGAUGUUCUUCUUGGAGAGCUUCUUGGCAAAGGCAACUUUGGUGAGGUAUUCAAAGGAACAUUGCGGGACAAGACUCCUGUGGCAGUCAAGACAUGUAAAGAGGAUCUUCCACAGGAGCUGAAGAUUAAGUUCCUAUCUGAAGCCAGGAUCCUGAAGCAGUAUGACCACGCCAACAUUGUGAAGCUGAUAGGCGUCUGCACACAACGGCAGCCUAUUUACAUUGUGAUGGAGCUCGUGUCUGGAGGGGACUUCUUGUCGUUCCUCCGGAAGAAGAAGGAAGACCUGAAGACCAAACAGCUGGUGAAGUUUUCUUUAGAUGCUGCUGCAGGAAUGGCUUACCUCGAGCUCAAAAACUGCAUCCACAGGGAUCUGGCUGCCAGGAACUGUCUGGUGGGAGAGAGCAACCUGCUGAAGAUCAGCGACUUUGGGAUGUCGAGACAAGAGGAUGAUGGGAUAUACUCGUCGUCCGGCCUCAAACAGAUCCCCAUCAAGUGGACGGCUCCAGAGGCAUUAAAUUAUGGGAGAUACAGCUCGGAGAGUGACGUGUGGAGCUAUGGGAUCCUCCUAUGGGAAACGUUUAGUCUCGGAGUGUGCCCUUACCCUGGGAUGACCAACCAGCAGGCCAGAGAGCAAGUGGAGAAAGGCUACAGAAUGUCCUGUCCACAAAAGUGCCCUGAUGAGGUUUACAAAGUCAUGCAGAAGUGCUGGGAGUACAAGCCUGAAAACCGGCCGAAGUUUGCCGACCUUCAGAAAGAACUGGCCUCGGUCAAGAAAAAAUAGCACCCAGGUAGGGCAAGGGGGACCAAGUCAUGCAUCACCUCCAGGGAAUCAUCCCCUUACAACCCGAAGUAAACACCACAGAACGUUACGUCCUUGAUGCUACUUGUCUUGAUUGUAUUUACGGUUUAUACUUUGUCACAAAAUCACUGUGUUAUUUGCCUAUGCAACUGUUUUGAGCCAUUAUCGAGGAGAGAGGUCUCUGCUUAGCUUGGAUCAUUGUCAAAAUACGGCCGUAUUUCUCUUUAAACCUGGUGUUCUUUUAUUCCUGUUCCUUUCUUUCACCUCUUACUGAACCUCAGUAAACUUCAGGUAUUUUGGAGCAAAACCAUGCAAACUUGGAAAGAUUGUGUAAAAUACAUAACACGAUCAUGCUCCGUUGCGCGUACAGUGAGCUCCAACCGUACUGGGACAGUGACAAAUGAUACAGAUGAUAUUUGUGCAUCAUGAUUCACAAUUCAUUCAGGAUUAUCUGUAAUCAUUGUACCAUCCACAUUAAUACAGAAGUGUUGAGAAGCAAAUUAUAUUCAUAUUUACAAUAAGUGACUCAAAUGGCGCAAUACAUUAUUUACCAUUCAUUUCUAUUGGGCCCAAAAUAAUCUGAAACAACCACAUUAAACAGCAAAUGCGUCCACAAACUUGACGUAGUCAUUGUGUGCUAUGAAUAUGGGACCAAGUAACAGUAACUUUUUACUGUCUUAAUUCUUUUGGUGCCCUAAAAUGGGGCGACUACGUACAAAAAGUACUGUAAUUUCAAUUCUCUCAAUUUGGAUUAAAAAAAUACCCUCAAAUUAAAGCUCACAGUCUGCACUUUAACCUCAGUCAUUGUAUCAUUUAAAACCCAAAGUGCAGGAGUACAGAGCCAAAACAACAACAAAUGUGUCACUGUCCCAAUACUUUUGGAGUUCACUGUAUGACUUCUGCUGUUGCUCAUCAUUCAUUCAUAGCCACAAUAAUGAACAUUUUCCAAAUGUUUUCGUUUUUUUAGGGCCCCGAGUUUGGUCCUGUUAAGGUAGCAUGGUUUAUGAGGACGUGAAAAAGGUUUCUGGGGCUCCGUAUAGCUGUGCAACCUCCAAAACAGACAGAAAAGGUAGAUGCACUCUGUAGCUCAUUUCAGUCUUUAGACAGAUUGCGUAUGAGUGUUCUGUUCUCUUUACCAGCGGAUCAUACCUAGGGGGUUAUUAUUGUAUGUCUCAAGCUUGACUUUGACUUUCCAGAGAAAUACUUCUAGCUGAAAGUCUUGUUUGUGGCGAUUUUGAGAUCAGCUACAAUGUCUUUCCAAAGAUCAAGUAUUCUCUUCACUCACACCAUUCAAUCUCGGAAACCUUUUCAGUUUAACAUAAGGAUAAGUGCAAUUUGUUACACCAUUUUCCUAUAAUUAUUCAGGCGAUAUAAUGCAGAAAUAUUGCAAUAAUACUGCCUUAAUUAUAAAGUGAAUGAAUGUCUAAGUUGUGUAUUUGUAAUUAAUACAAUUUUACUUUGAAUUAUUUAAUUUAAAGACCCUCCAGAUUGCUGCCUCAUUUCUAAGUAUUGGUCUCGGUCAGUUGUUACAACCUCAAUAGUUUUGUAUGAUCUGAAAAUUAGAAUGUGUCGUAACUGUACUAUCUGACGUGAAAUUUUCGCAUUUUGUGUCAAAACAGUCCGCUGUUACAUUAGCCGUGAUAUUUUCUACUUCAAACAGACAAUUAUUUUUGGUGAAACUGUAAAUCGUUGAUAGACAUUGCAUUCAGUAAUGUACAGUGAACUAGUUUUCAUUAAAACUGGCCCUAAGUAUAUACUUAUCUGACCAUGCAUCAUGACAGGAUAAAACUCUGGGACCUAGGGCUGCAAUUCGCAGAAGAUCGGCGGUAUGGCGUGAUUGAAAUGUAAAGAUCAUUUUUAAUUGAGCCAACAUAUGCAGCGUUUACCGGGAAUGUUGCCUUUUCAAUUUAAAUCGUGCUUUACCGUGAAUUUUCUGCAACACGGAUUGAAUUGAGCCCCUAGGCCUAGUCAAUAACUACGGGCUCCAGUUUUUCCUGGCUCUUUAGUGAAUUAGCUAUUCCAGUCGCUUCUGUAUUCGGUCAUUCCUCUAAGGCUGCCAUGUUGACUCCAUGUAGCCAAGCUCCUUGCCAUUUUGUGCUGACAGUCAAGGUGUGUAUCUUUUUUUUAAAGCAUCUUCUGUGAAUUAAACACAUCACAUCCAUCUCACUUCUUGUCUUUCGAAUUUUACAAACAUUCCUCUUCCUGUAUUUUGUAAAUACUUGUAGAUGCUAUAACCUUUCUCUAUAUUGUUUUUUGAAUACUAAUCUGAGAAAAAAAAUGCAAUCAUGCAAAUGUAGGUCACUCUUUAGGAUUGUUUCUUCCAAUGGUUUAUUUUGAUAAAGAAAACGUUGUCUGUUUUGCGUCUGCAUGAUUCAUUUGUAAAUUUUUAGUAUGUAUAAAAGAUAUUUGGAAAGAUCCUCCUGUUUCCUAUCCUCUGUAUACAAUGUCAAACUGUCAUGACCUCGUCUGUUGUCUCUCCAAUGACAUCCUAUUUACCAUGUAGUGCACUACAUGGUAAAUGGGUUGCCGUUUGUAGACUGGAGUAACAGUUAUUCAGUGGUUUCUCCAGAUUUGUUUUCUUGCGUUCCAGACGAACUAGUUACAGCUUUAGUUGUAAACCCCAAAAAACCAUUGAUUUGUAAGUGUUUUUUUUAUUUUAUUAACAUGGUCUUUAAUAACAAAGUGUAGAAUGAAAUGGGUGAUUACAUCAUAACUACUGGUUAAUGAGCGCAAUAUAUUUCUGUUUAAACAUAAGGCACACACCUUUUUUUAGUAAUCCUUUUAUUUAUUUGACACAUAGUAUCCUCAGCAUUUUGUAUCAAUUUCAGUCUCUUGUUAGUGUAUUAAGAUAUUUGCCAGUGUUUUGUUUUUAUAGAAUUCGUUUUCUAUUUUUAUUAUGCAAAGUGACCAAGUCUAGAUUUUCCCAUGCGUAGUUGGAGAUUCACCUCUACACUACUGGCCAAUGCAUGAUAUGCAAACCAUUAUUACGUCGGUGUUGAAUGGAAUUGUAUUUUCUUUUGUUACA